AUGGAUGUUAAAAAUUUAAAGAAUAUUCUUACAUAUAUCAACAGAUAUGAUAAUGAAAAAAAUAUAUUCCAAGCUAAACAAAGAAUACAAACAAAUAAAAUAAAAAAUAAUCAUUUUGUAUCUUUUGGACACCCUUUUUUUAUAUAUAUACUUUUCAUUUAUAUAUUUCAAAGUUUUCAAAAGCAUCCAUUUUAUCAAUCUUACCCUAAUCUUCAUAUAAUAAAUACAUAUCACAAGUUUAAUAACCACAGAUUAUUAACAGAAUAUCAACACCUUUUUGAAAAUAAAAAAGACAGAAAAUCUAUAUUCUAUCAAACAUAUAAAACAAAUGAUAAAUAUUUUAAUCCAUACGAUCAUGACGAUGGUUGUAAUUUAAAUUUUAUACAAUAUUUAAAUUAUUUUCAUAAAAAAUAUAGACAAAAAGAAAAAUUACAACUACCAAUGUUAAGGGAAUAUGAAAAUUAUAGCGCACCUCCUUAUAAUACUGUCGAUCAAGGAGCAAAUCAAUAUUCCCACGUAUUGCAACUGCAAAAUGAAAAAGAUAAAAAAUAUGAACAAAUCAGGCAAAAUGAUAAAAACAGCCAAAAUGAAAAAGAUAAAAAAUAUGAAAAAGAUAUACAAUAUGAACAAAAUAGCCAAAAUGAAAAAGACAUACAAUAUGAAAAAGAUAUACAAUAUGAACAAAAUAGCCAAAAUGAAAAAGAUAUACAAUAUGAACAAAAUGAGAGAAACAUUACAAAUGGCGAAUACACUCCAUAUUAUGAAUGUGACAUAAAUUGCCAUUUGUUCAAUUAUUACUACAAUAACCCAAACAGCUAUACAACUUAUAGUAUAUCUCUAGAUAGAGGAUUCAUAUUACCAUUUCCAAGUUCUCAGACAGAUUAUAUGAAUUAUUUAGACGAUAACAGAUUUUAUACAUAUGACGAUAAUGAAGAGGAAGAAUAUGAUGAAUAUGAAGAAUAUGAAGAGUAUGAAAAAUAUAAUGAACAAGAGCAAUAUGAUGAUGAUAUAUAUUUAUAUAAUAAACAAAAUAACAUUCGUGUGUUUCCUAAAUAUACAAAUAAGUUCAACGUGUAUCCAUAUAAUAUUGAAAUGUCUUAUUUAGAAGACGGAAGAACUUCUUACAAAAAAGUAAAUUAUAGUGAUAAAAAAUAUAAAGAAAAUUUCUUUUCAGAGCUUAUUAUUUUGUUUCUCUUUAUAUGUUAUUUUUUACAUGGUAUAGCAUAA